GAAUCAGCGGCAGCAACCUUCGAUAGGUGUUUCUGUCAGGUCAGCGCCGCAGCUGCGGUCCAUCCGACUGCUUUCAUCUUCACGGCCCAUGACCUACAACGGAAUCCACUGACUGUCUGGCCUUCGAUUGAAUAUCCGGCCCUGACCCAGAAUCCCAAGGUCAAAGAAAUCUACAGAGUCGAUCCUCGGCCUGUCGAGCACGGUGGCGGAAAGAUUGAGCUUCUAUGGAGUCGUUACAGGAAGGACGAUGAGCUGGAAAUCACAGACACGUGCCCUGUC